GUAGGCAUCGCCCUAGAUAACGGUAGAAUUCCGAUUCGCCGGGCGUCCUAUAGUAAAAAAUAAUCCUUCGCCCCGGUUCUUUGAGAAAAUUAAAUUCGUCGUAAGGACAAUUCGUCGACGAAUGAUAAUAAUAUAAAAAUAAAUAGACAGUUUUUGUACAUGAAAUUUCAUUAACCAUUGAUAAGUUUUUAAGUAAAUGUAUAUUUUCGAAGGUGAUUAAAACAGUUUCACAAUUGAGAGAAGUGCUACUACCCUGCUCGCUGCUGCUGUUGGAUUUUCACUGAUCGUUAUAUUUGGUAAAACCGAACAAGUGGAACGCCGUGAAGUUUGACGAAAUAAAAAGUGAUUCGUUGAACCGAGGGACGAUAGUUCUUUUUUUUGUUGAGUUUCUUUCGUACUACUUUGCAAGUGUCACACUCGAUAAAAUCGAGUGUUCCUAUAAAAGUACUAUAUAGUAGUAUAUUUUCCCUACGUAAAGUCAUGGCGGUGUAGUAGCAGCGACAGCGACAGCAGAAGCAGAACCAUCAGAACCAUCAACGGCGACGAUUUAAUAAGGCGGACGACAGGAAACAACCGGAUUCUGAUCUCAGUGGGAAAUAUAAGAGGCGUUAAACGACCGUAUCGAUAUAAAUUUUUGGAUUAACGAGGAGAAAAAAGAUUGCCAAAAAAGAAAACUACGGAUAUACCAAACGCGAGAUAGGCGUCAGAUCUAUCUCGCCGUCAGACAAAUAGCGGGACAAGACGUGGCGGAUUCGGUGACCCCUCGGCUGUGACAGAGGAGCACAGAAAAGAUAGGCCGCGAAAUGCGCGAAUACAAGAUAGUGGUGCUGGGCAGCGGUGGUGUGGGGAAGUCCGCCCUCACCGUGCAAUUCGUACAAGGUAUAUUCGUGGAGAAAUACGAUCCCACCAUAGAGGACAGUUACCGCAAACAGGUGGAGGUCGACGGACAGCAGUGCAUGCUGGAGAUCCUUGACACUGCCGGAACGGAACAAUUCACAGCGAUGAGGGAUCUGUACAUGAAAAAUGGCCAGGGUUUCGUACUAGUAUAUUCUAUAACGGCACAAUCGACGUUCAAUGACCUUCAAGACCUGAGGGAACAAAUACUACGAGUAAAAGAUACGGACGACGUGCCCAUGGUACUCGUCGGUAACAAAUGUGACUUGGAGGACGAAAGGGUGGUCGGCAAGGACCAGGGUGUUAAUCUAGCCCGGCAAUUCAAUUGCGCAUUCAUGGAGACCUCUGCCAAAGCGAAAAUAAACGUCGUCGAUAUAUUCUACGAUCUGGUACGACAAAUCAACAAGAAAUCACCUGAGAAAAAGAUGAAGCAAAAAAAGCCGAAGUUGUGCCGACUUUUGUAAGGAAAUCUAUGGGCCUAAACCCCCCAUUAUAUCCUUGUACUCAAGAAAUCGAAAAUAUAUAUAUAAAUAUAUACCAGUGUGGGGUUAGAAAGAAGAAUAAAAAAAACAAAACAAAAACAAAAAACAAACAAACAAACAACAAAUCAUAAAUAAAUAAUAAAAUGAAAAAUAAUGAGAAAAAGAAAACCGUGGAAGGGAAGGUUAGGGUAGAGAUUUAGAAGAAGGAAU